AGUCGCAGUCUCCAGUCAUCGCUGGCCAUUAAAGACCACUUCUCUCAUCAUCCAACGCUCCUACCUCCUAUAUAAACAACAGACACCACCACCAGUUCUCACAUAACUACCAGCAGCAAAAAAGAAGUGGAAGAAGAAGAAGAAGAAGAAGGGCACCAUAACCUCACUCUUUACUUCCAACAUUUCAAACUGGUGCUAACAAACAGAACAUGGCUACUUCAUCCCUGCACGCAGAAUCCAUCAAUCUUUGUCAAACGACCACGAACUCUUCCAGCAAUCUAACGCCCAUGAAAUCCAUUCCUUUGUCGGAUGAGUUGCUUGGCACUUUUGUGCCCAUUGCUGUUUAUUGGAUAUAUUCUGGCAUCUAUGUGAUGCUUGGUGACUUGAACCAGUACAGGCUUCACACCAAGGCUGAAGAAGACAAGAAGAACGUUGUUUCUAAGACAACCGUUGUGAAGGGAGUCCUCGUCCAGCAAGCGCAGCAAGCUUUCCAAAUUGCUGUCUCCCUCCUCCUCUUCACGUUUAUGAGCGGUGAGGGUGGUGUCGUCCUGCCACAGCCUUCUACUCCGGUGAUCAUCCUCCAGUUCAUCGUGGCCAUGGUGGUGAUGGACACUUGGCAAUACUUCAUGCACCGAUUCAUGCAUGUCAAUAAGUUUUUGUACAAGCACAUCCACUCCAAGCACCACACUCUUGUUGUCCCCUACGCUUUCGGAGCUCUCUACAAUCACCCGCUCGAAGGGCUUAUCCUUGACACCAUUGGGGGAGCCCUCUCAUUUCUUAUUUCAGGGAUGACGGCUCACACUGCCAUCUUCUUCUUUUCGUUCGCCACCAUCAAGACUGUUGACGACCAUUGUGGUCUAUGGCUCCCCGGAAACUUGUUGCAUGUUUUCUUCAACAAUAAUAGCGCAUAUCAUGACAUCCAUCAUCAGCUCUAUGGCACCAAAUAUAACUUCUCUCAGCCUUUCUUCAUCACUUGGGAUAAAAUACUCGGGACACAUAUGCCUUACUCGCUUGAGAAGAGAAAGGAGGGGGGUUUUGAGGCCAGACCGAUUAAGAAGAUUUGUUGAGUGAUUUGAGAACUAUUCUAUACCUUGUACUCAGUUACUUUAUUUCCAUUGGAACGAGAAGAUUUAUACAAUGUAAAAUUAGAAA